AUGAUGAUGAAGCCUUCUGCCCCCUUUAAUUCAUUAUCCAAUAACUCUCCAAAGCGACUAAUGAGACCACCAAGCACACCUAAUCUAAGGACUUCUUUUGGAACGAGACCUCAUUCCACCUCAUCGUCAUCGUCAAGUCAAUGCUCCUCACCAGUUCGUAGCAUCUCCACACGGGCAGCUUCUCCAACUCAUGGAUCUAGAAGUCUAUACCAAGGAACAAUAUCAGUUGGGGUUAGAAUAAAGCCUAGCAAAAAUAAACAAGACACAUGGCAUGUAAGCAACAACUCCAUAAUCCACGAAGAGUUUGGCGAGUUUGGUUUUGACCAUGUAUUUGGUCCUAGUAUGAGUAACAAUGAAGUCUACAAAACAAUUGCUCUGCCAAUGGUGGAUAAACUGUUCGAGGGUUUUAACUGCACUAUUUUCGCUUAUGGUAUGACAGGGUCUGGUAAAACAUACACAAUGAGUGGAUCUGAUUCAGGACCAGGUAUUAUUCCAAUGUGUGUGAACACAGUAUUCGAUCGUAUAAAUGAGGGUUUACCUAACAAAAAAUUCAAUGUUAAGGUUUCUUAUUUGGAAAUAUAUAAUGAAAGAAUCUUUGACCUCUUAAAUCUACCUCAAGGCAAACCAUUUGGAAUUGCUUCUAAUAAUAUGACAAAUUCAGCUAAUGCCCUAGUUAAUGAUCUAAAAUUAAGAGAUGAUCCAAGAUAUGGUGUCAAAGUUGUUGGAUUAACUGAACGAAAUGUGAGUAGUAAAGAAGAAUUGAUGAGAUGCAUCUCUAUUGGUGACCACAAUCGUAAAACUGGUGAAACAGAUUUUAACACCAGAUCUUCAAGAUCACAUGCAGUGGUGCUUAUUAGAGUAUUUUGCACUGAUGAAUUGACUGGAGAGGAGGUAAUUAGUACAUUAUCUCUCUGUGAUCUAGCGGGCUCAGAAAGAGCUACUGGAAAACAGGAGAGGCGAAAAGAAGGUGCAUAUAUCAAUAAAUCAUUAUUAGCGCUCGGUACUGUGAUAUCUAAGCUAAGUAUGGAGAGUACAGGGAACGGAGCGGCCUUAGGUCAUAUACCAUAUAGAGACUCAAAGUUGACAAGAAUAUUGCAGCCUGCUCUAAGUGGAGAUUCAUUGGUUGCCACAAUUUGUACUAUUGAUACAAGACCAGAAACAAAUAUGGAAUCCAUGAACACAAUAAGAUUUGCUAGUCGUGCCAAGAAUAUAACUUUGAACGUGAAACGGAAUGACUCUGAUACUAAUUUGGGGAAAACCCAACUGAUACAAUCAUUACGAAAGCAAAUUCGUGAACAGCAGGAUUUGAUAAAUUCCUUGACAAAGCAAGGAAACACACGAAAUGACUUUAUCGGGACCACUUCAGCACAGCAGACAGAUGAUCUGCUAAGGAAGGAGAAUGAGUUUCUCAAAUUGAAGCUACAGCAUUACGAAAAUUUAGAGUUGUUAGAACCUACGGAAUUAAGAGAUUCUCAGUUAAUAGAGAUUAUCGAGUCACUUCCAUCGGACAUUGGAGUUAUGCUGGAAACAAAACUCAUGAAUAUGAACUCUCAAUUUCUAGAGAUGAAGAGAUACGUAGCUCAGGUUGAAAGUUUGGAAAGAAGAUUUACAUCGAGUUCUAAUGCUACCACAGAGCUUCUUUCCACGGCAUAUGGCGUGGAUCUGACACAAGUACUGCACGAACAGGAACAAGAGUUGAUGCAGUUGAAUCAGUCUUUAGCCCGGAAGGAUAAAAUGAUUGAGGCGUUAACCAGCUCAAAAAUGUUAAGGCAUAACCUAGCAGAAUUCAGCAGCAACCAUGUAGGCAAUAGCGAAGCGGAUAAACAUACUGACAUCGAAAAGCGCGCAUUGAAACCGAUCUCUUCAGAUGCGAGUGAGUUAAACAACAGAGGGUCUCUUGAACGACCCCUUACAAUUGGAAGUGGCGCAAGUAUAAGUCACAGUAGUACUACAUGUGACAGUACAAGCAGCGGUAAUACAUUAGAUGACGGAACGUACACGAAACUGUCCACCAAGUAUCUGACAGCCUCUGAUAUCCUUCCAAAUUCUAGCGAAUCCGUUUGUUAG